AGGAAGUGGUCAGCGGAGGUUCAUGAGACUCAUGGUCUUGCCUUUGAUUUCAGUCCGUUUAUACGUAAGCUCACCGGCAGCGGAAUAAGGAGCUUAAAACGGCAGACCUGAAAGCAAACAACAAACAAACGAAACAUGUUGUUAUAGAAUAACGAGAAAGCGAACCAAAAGUCUAAUUAAUAAUAAAUUAACGUACGUCGUAGCUAAUAAGACUUGCGGAGUAAAGUGUAAAUGUGUGAUUGAUAAUUACAGAUGCUGUCAUUAGUACAUCGUUUGAAUUAAUUAUUACUUAUUAUUAAAUAACAAAAUUGAAAUGUAUAAAUUAUGGUGUGCGCUAAUAAGUGUGGUUUGUUUGUUUUCAACUAAAGUCCACCUGUUGGAAAAUGGGCUUGCUAGAACUCCACCUAUGGGAUGGUUGGCAUGGGAACGGUUCCGAUGCAAUACCGAUUGCAAAAAUGACCCAGAAAAUUGUAUAAGCGAAAAUUUAUUUAGAACAAUGACUGACAUAUUAGUCGCCGAAGGAUACAGAGACGUGGGCUAUGAAUACAUUAAUGUUGAUGAUUGUUGGUUGGAAAGGGAAAGGGAUUUAAAUGGACGAUUGGUACCUGACAGAAAAAGGUUUCCGAGUGGAAUGAAGGAACUAUCGAAUUAUGUCCAUUCGAAAAACCUAAAAUUUGGUAUCUACCAGGACUUUGGCAACUACACCUGCGCAGGAUACCCAGGCAUCUUAGGGUAUCUACAGGUGGAUGCAGAUACCUUUGCAUCAUGGGACGUGGAUUACGUCAAGCUGGACGGUUGCUAUGCCCACCCAACGGAAAUGGACCGGGGCUACCCUGAAUUCGGGUACUACCUCAACAUUACUGGCCGUCCCAUGGUCUAUUCCUGCAGUUGGCCGGUUUACCAAAUAUAUGCAGGGAUGUCGCCCAACUUCAGCUCCAUAAUUCAACAUUGCAAUCUCUGGAGGAAUUUCGACGACAUACAGGAUUCGUGGGAAAGUGUGCAAAGCAUCAUUGAUUAUUAUGGAAAUAAUCAAGACAUCAUUACGCCCAACGCUGGCCCGGGACAUUGGAAUGACCCAGACAUGCUAAUUAUAGGUAAUUUCGGCCUGAGUUAUGAGCAAAGCAAAGCACAAAUGGCGAUAUGGGCCAUCCUUGCUGCACCUCUCCUCAUGUCAGUCGACCUUCGAACAAUAAGGCCUGAGUAUAAAGCAAUUUUACAAAAUAGAAAAAUCAUUGCUGUUGAUCAAGAUCCCUUAGGAAUACAAGGAAGACGGAUUUACAAGCACAAAGGCAUCGAAAUAUGGUCUAGACCAAUUGUUCCACUUUACCAAAACUAUUUUUCUUACGCCAUAGUGUUCCUUAACAGACGAACUGACGGUACACCUUCAGACGUCGCUGUUACCCUUAAAGAACUCGGUUUAGUAUCCCCAACUGGAUACCGAGUUGAAGACCUUUAUGAAGAUGUCGACUAUGGAGUGUUGACACCCCAAACAAAAAUUAAAGUCAAAGUGAAUCCAUCAGGAGUCGUAAUUUUAAGAGCAGACGUACAAACAGACUACCCCAAGAAAAUAUUUUAUCCUUCAUCAACAACCUUAAGAACCACAUAUAGGCCCUUAAAUCAAGUUUUUCGUGUAAGGGAAAAUGGUUUUUCUUUUCCUUAAUUAAGCAAUUAAGAUCGCCGACGUACCAUUGCCAUAGCCGUUGAAU